GAAGAAGACCCGGAUGAACAACAACAACAGCUGGAAACGGCUAACAUGCUAACUGAGUGAUCCGGCUUCUGCUUCUUCUAUUAAUGGUUACGGUUUUCGUUGCGGGAAGACAUCCAGAUGUCACGGGAGCAGGGCGGCUGUCUGAGCUGAUAUGCGAGAUAUGAAGAAUAUGUCUCCGUUAGUUUGUCACCGUUAGCAGCCGUUAGCAGCCGUUAGCAGUCUUUAGUAGCCGUUGCAGCCGUUAGCAAACACAACAACAAAAACAGUCCAAUCUACAGCAACUGAGAGGAGUUGAGGCGUGAUGGGCAACCAGCUGGCGGGCAUCGCCCCCUCGCAGAUCCUCUCUGUGGACAGCUACUUCUCCGACAUCCACGACCACGAGUACGACAAGAGCCUGGGCAGCACCCGCUUCUUCAAGGUGGCGCGGGCCAAACACCGCGAGGGCCUGGUGGUGGUCAAAGUGUUCGCCAUCCAGGACCCCUCGCUGCCCCUCACCAGCUACAAGCAGGAGCUGGAGGAGCUGAAGAUCCGGCUGCACUCCUGCCAGAACUGCCUGCCCUUCCAGAAGACCUCGCUGACGGAGAAGGCCGCCAUCUUGUUCCGUCAGUACGUCCGCGACAACCUGUACGACCGCAUCAGCACGCGGCCCUUCCUCAACAACGUGGAGAAGCGCUGGCUCGCCUUCCAGAUCCUCAACGCCGUCGACCAGGCGCACAAAGCCGGCGUGCGCCACGGAGACAUCAAGACGGAGAACGUGAUGGUGACCAGCUGGAACUGGGUGCUGCUCACAGACUUCGCCAGCUUCAAGCCCACCUUCCUGCCCGAGGACAACCCCGCAGACUUCAACUACUUCUUCGACACGUCGCGGCGCAGGACGUGCUACAUCGCCCCGGAGAGGUUCGUGGACGGGAGCAUGUUCACCACGGAGAGCGACCACAACACGCCGCUGGUGGAUCUGAGCAGCAACAACCAGAGGGGCCGGGGGGAGCUGAGGCAGGCCAUGGACAUCUUCUCUGCAGGUGCUUCAGAGCAUGAGAGCCUCCAUCAGGUUCAAACACACACUAGGGAUGGGAAUUUAAGAGCACAUUUAUAUUCCAAUAUUCCACCCCGAAAAAAAGCUCAAGGCUUUUAUUAG